AUGGAAGUCUUAGAUGGGGGGUCACAAACAGAAGAGCAAUUAUUAAACAUCAAGAAGUUUAGAAAUAAGUUUCCAGUCUCUGGGAUAAUCUUAUUGAUCAUUAAAUGGCUAGACAAUACCAGCUUCUCUGAAUUGUUCGGUUUACUCAAAAAAAGUGUUUUAUCUCAUUUCAAUUUCUCCGCGGAAUAUAGCAACUACCUGGAUCUCAUGUUCCACUGUUGUCUGACUAUCAUGGCUUUGUUUAGUUCCAUCGUCACAGACUCCUGCCUGGGAAAAUACAACUCCUUGAUCGUGAGCCAAGGACUGCUGUUAACGGGCUACUCCGUUGUCAUAGCCAGAGAAUUCCUUCAAGAAGAAACAUUUAAGUCCAUGGUCCUUCUGGUUACUGGUUUGCUCCUUGUGGCUUCUUCUACUGGAGUCAAGUUGCCCUGUUUCAUGUGUUUAGCUGGGGACCAAUUUCAAGCGAACCAGGUAAAAGAAAGGAACACGAUGUUCUCCUUCUUAUUCCUGUCUCUCUCCUUUGGGGAAAUAUUUGCCACAUUCCUAGUCCCUCUAAUUAAAGAUUUUGAGUGCUUCUCCAAAAACUGCUACUUGGUUUACCUUUUUGCCUCAACUUGCGUAGCGAUUUUUUGUAUAGUGCUUUUGUUACUUUCCAAGAAAUUAUUCUUCAUAACAGUACUCAAAAAGGGCAAAAUAUUAGAAAUCUUCAAGUGUAUCCAGUUUGCACUUGAAAAUCAGCUAAGACACUGCUCUUACAAAAUCCCUAGGAGGGAUCACUGGCUGGACUGGGCAUUGGAGAAGUUCUCGGAGGAACAUAUUUGUGAAGUGAAGAUUUUCUUUCUGUUACUGCUCUUCACCGUACCCUUUCCAUUUUUCUGGGCCUUGUCUAAAAAACAGGCAAAUGGAUGUUUUUUCCAAGCUAAGAAGAUGAAUCAUACUCUGGCUGGGUAUACUGUGCAAAACGAUGAAGUGCAGGUAUGAAACGCAUAUGUUUCUGGCCUCCUCAUAGUCCUCAUUACUUUCGGUGAAUUAUGUUUGUGCCCCAUAGUAAAGCGUUGUGGAUUGAACUUCUCAGUGAUAAAGAAAAUGCUGACAGGGAUGCUCCUCAUCUACUUCUCAAUGCUAAUGACACUCUACCUGGAUCUCGAAAUUGAGAAAUCCCCCAGGCAGGAGCCUGGCCCCGGAGAAUGCUACCUGAGAGUCAUUAAUGUAGUUGACUCUCUAAUUCAUCUGGAUUUGUAUAAAAACAAAACUCUUUCCUACUCCAGACUGUGUGUAGCCUUUAAGAAAUAUGAGAAUUAUGAGAAAAUAUAUUUGGACUCAGAGCAUCAGUAUUUUCUGAACAAACUAUAUUCCUCUAAGACAGUUAAAAAAGAAAAUAUUCUACUGAAGGAGAAGAAAAAAUUUACUCUGGUUCUGUAUGGAAAAAGUAGAGACUUCUCAAGCUUUCUGAUCCAAGAUGAAGAGACCAUACCAGGGAGUGGACUUACAAAUGUGAAGAUUAUCAGUAUCUUGGACAAAAAGAUUAAUUUCCAGCUAGCCUUUGGAUCCUUCAGCCUCUCUAAAUACAAUAGGGUCUCUCCAAACCUAAGAAUUAAGACAAACAGAAGUAGAAAGCUGUUGGGUAAAAUGAAGAAAGAAUUCUUGUUCCCCUUGGGGCUGCUGGAUUACGGAGGCAAUUACAUAUUCGUUAUUAUUAAGGACACCCCAGUAUUGAGUAGCUGGAAAAUACAGACCAUUGAGAUGAAGAACAUUUCCAUCGGGUGGCAAAUUCCACAGUUAAUUACAUUCGAGAUAGGAGAAUUUUUGGUGCAAGUUUCCUGCAUGCAGUUUUACUAUGCUGAGGCUGUCGAAGGCAUGAAAGUUACCAUGAUGGCUUUGUGGCUAAGCACCAUUUUCACUGGUUUCCUCAUUGAUGCUACUCUCAUCUACAGCUUCCUCCUGCCUUCGUGGAUUGACCAAUUCGUAUUUUCUAGUAUCCACCUGGCUGUGAUCAUUGUCAUCUUCCUCAUAGCCCGAUACUACCAAGAAACUGUAGUAAAACUUCAGGGAGAGCUUCACUCCAGAAUUCAGACCUCCAUGCCCUGA